UAAUACGGUUCGUCGUUCGUUCGUCCACUUCGCACAUGUGAGAUAAAGCGUCGCGACGCUUGAUUCCUGCAGAUUCCUCGGAUCGUCGCUGUGCCCAUCGUUGAAAUCUCCGGGAAAAAGCACAGCAGGAUUGAGUCGACGGCAUUUCCGCGAAGUGAUUCGAGUGUCACACCCGCUAGUGCAGUGCAGAUCAGUUGGAUUCUUGUCGGGUGGUAUUCGACGCCCUUUGUUGCGUGUUUCCGGGCGUCUUCUUCGGUAUGUUUUAUCCCAGAGCGAAUCCCCGUUGAUCUCGUCUGAGCCGGCCAUAUUGCAUACCAAUCCAAGAGGGACGCCGUCAUACGAUCGCUGUCGGUGCAAGAGAGACCGAUGCUCUUUUCUUGAGGCUUGAACAAGUUCGUGGACGGGGCGAGAGGCUAAGGAAUGUUAGAGCAGCACAGCAUCUAACACACGUGUCAACAAGCCGAAAUGUUGCACUGACUCCGGACUCUAAAGCGCGAGAGAUUCUAAUCGGACCAACAAUGCUGCGGUAGUGACAAAUUCGAGCAAAAAAUGCGGCUCACUUUUUGCUUUUUGGGCGCUCUUUUCUGUCUGACAGGGGCCCAACAGCCGCCUGGACCCGGCCCUGGAGACUACUCCACGCAAAUGCAAUCAAGGGCUGUCGACACAAGGGUGACUUUCGAAAUUAAGGAAGGACAACCGAAAGGAACACUAAUCGGAAAAAUACCUACGAAACCCGGAUUCAUUUAUAGAUUCAACGAACCUCCGAAGGAAUUCAGCAUGGACGCAAAAACCGGAGAAAUUCGCACGAAUGCGAUCCUCGACCGGGAAAAUCUCAAAAACGAUAGAUAUGAUCUAGUUGUCCUUUCCAGUCAACCGACUUAUCCCAUCGAGGUGCGAAUUCUUGUACUUGAUAUCAAUGAUAAUCCUCCGGAAUUCCCGGAACCGUCGAUAAGUGUCGCGUUUUCUGAAAGCGCGGCUGCCGGAACUCGUCUUCUUCUAGACGCAGCCAGCGAUAAAGACAUCGGAAUCAAUGGUGUUUCCGACGAUUAUCGCAUCAUCGACGGCAAUAAAGACGACAAGUUUCGAUUAGCCUUGACAGUCAACCCUACCGGAGAAACCUCCUAUUUGCAUUUGGAAACAACCGGAAAAUUAGAUCGCGAAUCGCAAGGCUUCUACUACUUGAAUAUUUCGGCUCGUGACGGUGGGACUCCUCCGAAAUUCGGUUAUCUCCAAGUCAACGUGACAAUUCUCGACGUGAACGACAAUCCCCCGAUUUUCGACCACAGCGAUUACAUUGUGUCUCUGAACGAAAGUGUCCCUCCUGGCACUCCGGUGUUGCAGGUGAUGGCGACCGACAAUGAUCUGGGCGAUAACGCCAAGAUAACAUAUUAUUUAGCCGAUACAGAACGCCAAUUUACGGUCGACCCAGAAACCGGGGUGAUUUCAACAACUGAAACGCUCGAAUGUCCGCAACAAAAUUGUCCGCAAACCACGAAAUCCUGUCCGAAAAGUUGCGUUUUUACGGUUUUUGCGCGAGACCACGGCUCGCCGCGCCAAGACGGCCGAACUUAUGUCACUGUUAAUUUAGUAGAUGCUAAUGAUCACGAUCCGGUCAUUAAAUUCCGGUAUUUUCCCUUCAAUGCGAUGUUUGCAACGGUGGAUGAAAACGCUGGGAACGGAUCGGUGGUGGCGGCAGUCUCCGUCGUCGAUUCCGAUGAAGGACUCAACGGCGAAACGACAGUUCGGAUUGUCUCCGGGAAUGAACUCAACCAUUUCCGGUUGGAUUAUACUCCAAGUUUUGACAUUGUGCGAGUGAAUGGGGUGUUGGAUCGUGAAGAGAUUAGCAAAUAUAAUCUGACGGUGGUGGCGACGGACAAAGGAACGCCUCCGCGAACAGCGACUGCGUUUCUAAUAAUUCAUGUUAACGAUGUCAAUGAUCACGAGCCGGUUUUUGAGAAAAGCGAAUAUUCAGCAAUUUUAAGUGAAUUAGCACCUCCUGGAACUUAUGUGGCCGGAAUAACGGCGACCGAUGAAGACUCCGGUGUCAAUGCCCAAAUUUACUAUGCUUUCGUUUCGGGAAACGAACACCAAUGGUUUAGUAUCAAUCCUGAUACGGGAUUGAUAACAACUCGAGAUACUUUAGACCGAGAAGUGCAAGGAACGGUUGAAUUAAAUAUUUCCGCAAGAGAUGGAGGACCUAACCCGAAAUGGGCUUACACACAACUAAAAGUGACGAUUUUGGACGAAAAUGACGAAGCCCCCAGAUUUUCUCAAUCAAAAUUCAAUGUUAGCUUAUCGGAAAAUGCACCUCCUGGAACUUUAAUUGCGAUGCUAACAGCUUCUGACCAUGAUCAAGGAACAAAUGGAAGCGUUGCCUAUUCACUACAUCCAGUAACUCAACAACAUUACGAUAACAUUCUAGUUUUGGAUUCUUUAACGGGACAAUUAACCACAAGAAAGAAAUUGGAUCGGGAAGAAAAUUCACAUUACGAAAUACACGUUAUCGCCAAGGACCAGGGCUUACCCCCGCAAUCUUCCACAGCAACUGUGUAUUUGAAUGUGAUUGAUGUGAACGACAACAGUCCGGAAUUUUAUCCUCAGAAUUAUUUCUUCGCCGUCCCGGAGAACGUUAAACCCGGAAGUUCGCUGGUAAAAGUGGCAGCGACCGAUAAAGACGAGGGCGAAAACGCGAUUAUCACUUACAAUCUAGAAAGUGGAGGUGACGAUUUAUUCAGUAUUGACGAAUGGACCGGUGUUAUUACAAUCCGGGGCGAUUUAAAAUCGUGGACGAAACCGAUUCAUCGAUUAAAAAUUUCAGCCAAAGACCACGGUGACAAGAGAGCUGCGGAAGAUGCCACCGUUGAGAUAAUCAAAGAACGUGACUUGGAAGAACUCCUUUUCGACAAUUACGGCUACGAAUUUAAAAUAGUUGAAGACGAUACCGAAUGGAAACGUCGCAAUGUAGGUCAAGUCCAUGUGCGAAACAACGAUGUCACUUAUUCGAUCGUUUACGGCGAUCCUGACCACAGUUUCGACAUCGACGAACGCACUGGAAAGAUAACAACUGCGAAAAAAAUCGAUCGGGAACAAACACUCUUGUAUAGUUUGACAAUUACUGCGCGUGUAGGUCUCGCUUAUGGCAAGACUCUUGUCAACAUCGUGGUUUUAGACUUGAAUGACAAUAAACCCGUCUUCGACCGCGAUAAGGACGAAGUGAAGCUCGCUGAAAACGCUGCUGUCGGCCAAGAAGUGUAUCUCGCGCGUGCUAGAGAUCUCGAUGCGGGCAUAAACAGUAGAGUGACAUAUAACCUGAAUUACAAUCCGGACGAUCAGUUCAGGAUUUCCGAGGCUACCGGAGUGAUUUAUUUGAAUCGGCCGAUAAGGGUCGAACCCGGAUUCAGUCUCCACGUUGAAGUGACGGCGAGUGACGGAGGCGAACCGCCUCUUUCAUCAAAACAAUUGGUCCAAGUCGUGAUUGAAGAUGUUAAUGAUCACACGCCGGUGUUUGAUCACACUUCCUACGAAACAUCGCUUUUAGAGUCGACUCCGGUGAAUGAAAGGUUUUUCGCAUUAGCUGCAACCGACACGGAUUUAGGUUUCAACGGAAGAAUUUCGUAUGUGAUUUCUGAAGGGAAUACUGAAGGAAAAUUCGGAAUUUUCCCAGAUGGGUAUCUGUACGUACGCCAAUCCCUCGAUCGUGAAGAUAAGGAUUAUUAUUCACUUUCGGUGACGGCGAGUGACUUGGGGAGUCCGUCGCGGUCUUCGGUUGUUCCGGUGGUCAUCCACGUUAUCGAUGAAAAUGACAAUAGUCCGGAAUUUACAAAUGCGAGUUUUAGUUUCAAUAUAAGAGAAAAUGAACCUCCCGACUCGUUCGUCGGGAAAUUAACAGCGACAGACCGCGAUAUCGGACGCAACGCUGAGUUGAUUUUCUCAUUGUCCAACUCACAGAACGAUUUCGUUAUUGAUCCGAAAAAUGGAUUUAUAAAAACUUUGCAUGUGUUUGAUCGUGAAGAACUGGUUCAAACCACCGGACUAAAUUAUUUAACACUGGAAGCCACCGUUACGGACAAUGGAACUCCUCGUCUACGUGACAAAGUCAAAGUUAAUGUUUACGUGACUGAUGUUAACGACAAUCCGCCGAAAUUCUUACGUACACCUUACCGAGUUCAAGUCUCUGAAGGUUCGCCUGUAGGAACUCAGGUCAUUAGACUGUUUACCUCGGAUGCCGACGAAGGUCUCAACGGGGAUGUUUUUUACUCGAUCGUUAAAGGCAACGAAGACGGUCGUUUUACAAUUGAAGAAGCCACUGGACAAAUAAUCUUAUCGAAAAUUUUGGAUCGCGAAACCAUGUCUAAUUAUCUCUUAACAGUGGUGGCUCGUGACGCAGGCCAAAUGAAAGAGCUGAGUUCGACUACCACCGUCAGUGUUGAAGUCAUGGAUGAGAAUGACAAUUCUCCGGAAUUCACCCAAACCAAUUCUAAAAUAAGUGUGAUUGAAACAACGCCGAUUAACACCGAACUAAUCCAGUUUCGGGCUACCGAUGCUGACUUGGGGAUGAACAGUGAAGUGGUGUUUUCGAUAAGUGCGGGUAAUCGGAAAGACACAUUUCAUGUCGAUCCGUCUUCUGGGACGUUGUAUUUGCACAAACCGUUAGAUUACGAGGAGUUGAGUGCUUAUCAGUUGAAUAUAACAGCGUCAGAUAAUGGCAAUCCGAGAUUAUCAACGACUAUUCUGUUUGCUAUUGCUGUCGAAGAUGCAAACGAUAAUCCUCCUUCGUUUCCUAGUACUGCGAUAGUCCGGCAGAUCCGUGAAGGCAUCUCUGUACACACCCCCAUAGUCACGGUUACGGCUGAUGACCCCGACUACGGCAUCAACGGCAAAGUCACUUACGCUAUAUCGCAGCAAGAACCGGAUGACAGCAAUAGACACUUUGGGAUUAAUCCGGUCACAGGGGUCAUUCAUACUCUUUUACCAAUCGACAGAGAAACCAUCGAUACUUUCCGGUUAACAGUUGUCGCAACUGACGAAGCCCAGCCUGUCUCAUCCCGCCUUUCCGCCAACAAACUCGUGACAGUCAUCGUUGAAGACGUCAACGACAAUGCCCCAGUUUUCGUUUCAAUGAAUUCAGCUGUACUUCCCCAAAACACACAUUUUCCAAAAGAAGGCGCUUUGAUUAUGAACGUCUUCGCUCGAGACCUCGAUUCUGCAACCAACGGCCUCGUCACUUACGAAUUAGCGAGCGGCUCUCAGAAUUUAUUUCGGUUAGACCAAAGUACGGGAGCUUUGCGUUUGGUCAAACCGAUCGAAAACCCGGAGCCAACCUAUCGCCUUUCGGUGAAAGCCACCGAUGAAGCGGUCCAAAACGAGCGAAAAUCCAGCGAAGCAUAUUUGACGAUAAUCACGACCGAUGUUUCGGCCAAAGGUCCCGAUUUCGAAAGCCACCUCUUCACCGGAAGCGUUUUCGAAAACGAACCUCCGGGUACGAGCAUCUUAACGGUGUCUGCGAGCUUUGACUCCGGUGAAGUGGAAUAUUACGUGACGAACGUGACUGGUGAUGGUGCUCAAGUUGACAGAUUGUUUGACAUCGACACUAAGUUGGGAGUCUUAUCAACGGCCACUCAAUUAGACAGAGAACAAGGGGUCGAUACAUACGAAGUCGAAGUUUACGCAAUCGUUGCCAGCGGAUCGCCGAAAACCAACAGGACCAAGAUCCAGAUCAAAGUCCUCGACAAGAACGACAGUCCACCCUCCUUCAAGGAUACUCCUUUAUACUACUCCAUAUCGGAAGACCUGGGGCCUGGCCAGUCCGUGGCUACUGUUAAGGCCGAUGACCCUGACACCAUCGGGGUCCUAGAAUACUCUUUGAUCCGUGGAGACGAUGGGCAUUUCGUCUUGGACAAAAACACCGGACUUCUAACUUUGGUCGACUCCUUGGAUCGAGAAACCAAAGAUGUUUACAAGUUGACAGUGAGGGCAAGUGACGGGAAUCAACACACAGACACCGUUCUCACUGUACAGAUCACUGAUACCAACGACAACCCUCCUGCUUUCCUCGAAACUGCAUACUCCUUCGACAUUCCGGAAAAUGCACAAAGGGGCCAUAAAGUGGGACAAGUGAAAGCCGUCGACGCCGAUUUGGGAAUUAACGCACAGCUCACCUAUUCAGUCAUCAGCGACUGGGCCAACGACGUGUUCUCCCUCAACCCCCAAACGGGGGUUUUCACCCUCACGUCGCGCUUGGACUAUGAAGAGGUGCAGCACUACAUUUUGGUGGUGCAAGCCCAAGAUGCAGGACAUCCGGCCCUUUCCAGCACUUUGACGGUUUAUUGCAACGUCCUGGACCUCAACGACAAUACUCCUCUCUUUGAUCCCAUGUCCUACACCAACGAAAUUUUCGAAAACGUCUCACUUGCAACUCAUAUUGUCACUGUGAGUGCCACAGAUUUGGAUUCAGGCGACAACGGAAAGAUCGUCUUUAGUAUUACGGCGGGGGACGAAAACGGCGAUUUUGAAAUGACACAGAAUGGAACCGUUAUAACUAAGAAAGAACUGGACAGGGAACGGCAAGGCUUGUACAAUUUGGUGGUAACGGCGACUGAUCAAGCGAAACCUCCCGAUCAGCGACUAUCCUCGACGGUACAGGUGACAAUAAUCCUGAAGGACGUGAACGACAUGUCCCCGGAGUUCGUCACGCCGAACGAGACCUCGGUGGCGGAGAACAUCCCCAUCAACACCGUGGUGAUGGCCGUGAAGGCCAUCGACAAAGACGAGGGACGCAACGGUUACAUCGAGUACUCCCUAUCGCCGGAUUCCGCCUCUUCAGGCACUUUCUCCUUGGGUCCCGUGGACGGCUUAUUGCGCGUUUCCGGUCGCAUCGACCGCGAAACGAAGAACAACUACACCCUCUCCAUAACGGCUCGCGACCGCGGGGACCCUCCUCGGGCUACCCAUACGAAGAUUUUCGUCCGGGUCCUGGACGAGAACGACAACAGUCCUGUCUUCGACCCGAAGCAGUACAGCGCUUCCAUCGCCGAGAACGCCUCGAUCGGCGCCAGUGUCCUCCAGGUGUCCGCGACGGACGUGGAUGACGGUCUUAACGGGCGUGUGCGGUACUCGAUUAAUUCCGGUGAUACCAACCGCGAUUUUAGUAUUGCUGAAGACACGGGUGUUGUGCGAGUGGCCAAAAAUCUGAACUAUGAGCGGAAAUCGCGAUAUGUGUUGACGGUGCGGGCCGAGGAUUGUGCAGGGGAUGUCGGAGGGGAGGCGGUGAGGGCCGAUACGGCCGAAAUUGUCAUCUCGGUGUCGGAUAUCAACGAUAAUCCACCGACGUUUUUGGAUUCACCCUAUUUGGCCUAUGUUAUGGAGAACACCAUUCCGCCCAAUGGAGGGUAUGUCAUCACCGUGCAAGCGUAUGAUGCUGACACGCCGCCGCUGAAUUCGCUGGUGAGGUACUUCAUCAAGGAGGGAAAACCGGAUACCUUCAAAAUAAAUGCCUCGACGGGAGAAAUUUCGCUACUGAGGGCCUUGGAUCGAGAAGCGCAAGCGGAAUACACUCUCUCCUUGGGCGCAAUGGACACCGGAUCUCCACCUCUGACCGGAACUGGAACCGUGAAGAUCAUAGUGCAAGACGUGAACGAUCACACUCCUGAAUUCAAAAGACAAUCUUACCAUGCCACGAUUAAUGAAAAUUCGCCUUUAUCAACCUGGGUCGUAACUCCAACAGCCACAGACAAGGAUAUCGGACUUAACGCUAAAAUACGUUACAGUCUAUUGGGGGACAAAGUUGACAGGUUUAAAAUAGACCACGAUACGGGCAUUAUCACAACAUCUGCGAUCCUGGAUAGAGAAGAGACAGAAGUGUAUUAUUUUACUGUGAUGGCACAGGAUUGCUCCGCAACUGAGCCCCGAGCAGCUGCCGUCAACCUCACAAUCACCGUAACCGACGAAAACGACAAUUCACCCUCAUUUUCGUCAACCAAAUACGAAGUCUACAUUUCCGACAAGACAAAAUCCGGUGAAUUUGUUUUCGGUGCGAGGGCUUCAGAUGACGAUAUAGGAGUCAACAAUAAGAUUUCGUACGCGUUGGCGGGCGAACACGCUGCGAACUUUACCAUCAAUCCGGAAACUGGAGUUAUCAAAGCAGGGCAAGACCUUUCUAAAUUGAGCACGAAAGUGUUCAGUCUUGAAAUCGAAGCCUCAGAUGGGGGCAAAAAACCGAGGAAGACAAGCACGGAAUUACGAGUGUUCCUCAGACCUGAUCGUCUUUUCCCCUCGUUUACCUCACCGGCGAAGACACGAUUCGUCCUUGCUGAAAAUGUGGAACAAGGGAAGUUAGUAGCGCGAUUUAAGGCAACGUCUCCGAAAAAAGGAACUGCGAGUAAUGUGAGAUAUGCGAUCGCCGGUGGGAAUAUCGGAGAAGCUCUGACUAUGGAUAGAAAUACAGGGGAAGUUCACGUCGCCGGAAGGGGAUUAGAUUAUGAAACGCUUCCGGUGUAUGAAGUUUGGAUCGAGGCGAAGGAUUCAGACGUGCCUCCUCUACGCACUGUUCUACAAUUGACGAUAAAUGUUACUGAUGCCAAUGACAAUUCCCCUAUUUUCAACAGUAAUCUCUACAACGCUUCCAUUUUAGAAGAAGAGUCGCCGCCACAACUGGUCGUUAAAGUCUCCGCUGAAGAUUCGGACUCCGGUGAGAACGGGCAAGUCACUUAUAAACUAACCGACGAUUUCGACGGCACUUUUGAAAUCGAUUCUGAAAGUGGCGAAAUCUACACCAACACGCGACUGGACCGCGAAGACGUCCCCACUUACGAGCUCACAGUCGAGGCUCUGGACCAAGGAGUGCCCCAAAUGACGGGCACGGCUACCGUUUUAGUCACAGUUCUCGACAAAAACGACAAUCCGCCGCGUUUCAGCCGUCUCUUCAGCGUGAACGUGACUGAAAACGCCGAAAUCGGGUCUUUCGUCAUCCAAGUGACAAGUUCGGAUAAGGACAUUGGUGAUAACGCAAACGCGACUUAUAGUUUCACCGAAAACCCCGGCGAGAAGUUCAAGAUUGACCCAAUCAGCGGGAAUGUAACAGUCGUGGGCCACUUGGACCGCGAGCAGCAAGACGAAUAUUUGUUAAAAGUGGCCGCGGUAGAUGGGGCGUGGAAGGCCGAAACGCCCCUCACCAUCACCAUUCAAGAUCAGAACGAUAAUGCACCCGAAUUCGAACAUUCGUUCUACAGUUUCAAUUUCCCCGAACUUCAGAGGGAUGUGGUGUUUGUGGGGCAAGUAGCGGCGACCGAUCGAGAUAAACAAGGGCCCAAUUCGGUCAUAAGCUACUCGUUGCAACAACCCUCAGACUUGUUCACGGUUGACCCCGCCUCGGGGGAUAUCUUCAGUAAGAGGAGUCUGCGAUUCAAAUACACGCAAAUGGAGUCUUCGCCGGAGAACAUGUAUUCGCUCACGAUCUUGGCUACGGAUAAUGGCAAACCACCUAUGUCUUCUGAAUGUCUAGUCACAAUCAACGUCGUUGAUGCCAAUAACAACGCACCCAAAUUUGAUAAAUCGGAGUAUCUCUCACCGGUUCCCGACGAUGCGCAAGAGGGACAAUUAUUGCUCAAAGUCACGGCGAGCGACAAGCAAGAUUUUGGUGUUAACGCUGAAAUUAAUUACGUUAUUGUUGGCGGAAACGGCUCAGAUUAUUUUGCAAUCGAUAAAUAUAAGGGAUGGAUUACGUUAACUAAACCCGUCACGGAAAUUGGACAAGAGUUCCUUCUUAGGGUUCGAGCAAUCGAUAAAGGAGUACCACCACAACAUGACGAAGUCACAGUCACACUUGUCGUUACCGGUGAAAAUAAAUUCAUGCCAGUUUUUACCGCACUGAGUUAUCAAGUCAUAGUUCCUGAAAAUGAACCUUUGGGUUCUACAAUUUUGACAGUUAAUGCGUCGGAUGAUGAUCAAGGCCCUAACGGAAUGAUUCGCUACAAAAUAUCCGGAGGUAAUGAGAGAAAAGAAUUUGCCGUCGAUCCCUAUUCCGGCGCUGUCACAAUUUUGCAACCAUUAGAUUACGACACGGUUCAGGAAUACCACCUCAACAUAACAGCCGAAGAUUUAGGUUUUAAACCUCAGAGUACCACCGCAAUGCUUACUAUCACCCUCACAGACAUUAACGAUAACUCCCCAACGUUCAAUCAAUCGACUUACGAAGCUUACAUCUCUGAGAAUCUCCCGCCGAAUAGUUUCGUUUUUCAAGUCAAAGCUACAGAUAUCGACUCGCCCAAAAACGCCAUUAUUCAAUAUUCGAUAUCAGACGGACCUGAUAAAGACAUGUUUGCAAUUGACCAAAAAACCGGCCGGGUAACUGCCAAAUACAAUUUCGACUAUGAGGAGAACGAUUUGUACACAAUCAACAUCGUGGCGAGUAAUCCAGACUCACCAAUGUUUGGCACAGCGGAACUCCGAGUCCACAUCAAUGGGGUGAAUGAAUACUACCCCCGAUUUAUCCAACCUGUCUUUCAUUUCGACGUUUCCGAAUCAGCGGAAGUUGGGACUCAAAUCGGGACUGUGCAAGCAACGGAUCAAGACGCCGGCGAUGACGGCAAGGUCUAUUACCUCUUCGUUGGUUCAAGCAACGAUCGCGGUUUUAACAUAAAUUCCGAGAGUGGAGUUAUAAGAGUGUCCAGGAGUUUGGAUCGGGAGACCCAAAGUCGAAUCGUGCUAACAAUCAUGGCGAAAAACGCAGGUGGCAUUCGGGGGAAUGACACAGACGAAGCUCAAGUCAUCGUCGAGGUGCAAGACGGUAAUGAUCCACCUGAAUUCCUCCAAACUUUGUACGAAGUGGAAAUUUCCGAAGGUGCCCCAGUCGGGUCCAAAGUAACAUCGGUUAAAGCCGUCGAUAAAGACGUUCGGCCCCAAAACAAUCAAUUCAGUUACUCAAUUAUUGGCGGUAAUAUCGAACAAGCUUUCAAGAUUGAUCCUCAAUCGGGUCAAAUCGAAACAGCGCGACUUCUCGACCGGGAAACCAUCCCCGAAUAUUCUCUAGUAGUCGGAGGAAUUGACACCGGUUUGCCACCCCAGACCGGUACCACGACUGUUAAAAUCCACAUCAGUGAUAUCAACGACAACGGUCCCACUUUUGAUCCGCGAGUUGUGGGGAAAGUGUUAGAGAAUGAGCCACCGAAUACCAAAAUCAUGACACUCUCGGCCAAAGACCCGGAUUUGCCCCCAAACGGUGCUCCUUUCACUUACAAACUGAUCGGAGGAAAACACCGAGAUUAUGUCAAAAUUGAUAAACAUUCAGGAGUUGUCGUAACGACUAAAAUGAUCGACAGAGAGGUAAUCCCUCAGUUGGAAAUUUUGGUCGAAGUUGAAGACAGUGGCAGUCCGAAAAUGAAGUCACAACAUGUGAUCACGAUCGAGGUUUUAGAUCAGAAUGAUAGUCCUUCGAGUGCGAGAUCGGUCCAUGUCUUGGUCUAUGCGUUUAAUGGGGUUUUCCCGGUUGGAAAAAUCGCAGAUGUUCAUCCGAACGAUCCUGACAUCGUUGGCGAUUACAAGUGCAAAAUUUUACAAGCUCCUGCUAGUUCAGGGAUUCUUUCGAUCCCGUCCGGUUGUAACCUUUUUGCUUCUAAAGUGUCUCCAGGUCAGGGCUACUCGUUAUCUGUGUCAGGAAAUGACGGCAAGCAUUUUGAUGUUGUCUCGACUGUUACCGUCGAAUUUGUUACAUUUAGUAACGAAACGGUUGAACAUUCCAUCACAAUGAAGAUUAGUAAUCUGACUAGUCAACAAUUUCUGGCCCAAAACUACAGAGGUCUUCUUGACAUCCUCAAAACGUCUCUAUCACCCGGCGAAACAGUUUUACUCUACGGCUUACACGACACCGACGAUGGCCUCGAAUUAACACUAGCGGUAAAAAGUGGUCUCAACUACCACAACAAGGAUUCCGUGAUUGAAAAAAUAAGAAAAAAACGCGAAUCAAUUGCGAGUCUCUUCCAAACUAGCGAAAUUUCAAUCGGUUACACUCCAUGUAACGAAGACACUUGCGAAAAUGGCGGUAUUUGCACUGCCGAUAUCAACGUCAAGAAAAACGUGAAAAUAACAGACAGUCAAAAUAUUGUUUUUACCUCCCCUGUGAUCCUCCACGAGUUCAAUUGUCAAUGUGCAGACGGUUUUGCCGGUAAAAGCUGCAACAAACGCCAAGAUCCCUGCCAACCAAACCCGUGUAAAUCCGGGGGUCAAUGCCGUCGACAAGGUUUCAACUUUCAUUGCGUUUGUCCCCUUUCCAAAGACGGGAAAUACUGUGAAAUGGAACGCGGAGACGCCUGUUCGGAAAAUCCGUGCCAAAACGGCGGCUCUUGUCGUCAGAGUCCUGACGGGUCUUCUUUCUUCUGUUUGUGUCGUCCGGGGUAUCGCGGGAACCAAUGCGAGGCUCUCGCCGAUUCCUGCAGACCUAAUCCGUGCCUCCACGGCGGUCUUUGUGUCAGUCUCAAGCCUGGCUACAAGUGUAGUUGCACUGAUGGUCGGUAUGGGCGCCACUGCGAAAAGUCCACCUACGGGUUCGGAGAAUUGUCAUAUAUGGCUUUCCCCUCACUGGAUGCUGCUACCAACGAUAUAACUUUCAUUUUUUCGACAACUAAACCAAAUUCGCUGUUGGUGUACAACUACGGAUUGCAAACCGGCGGAAGGAGUGAUUUCGUAGCUGUGGAAUUGGUGGAUGGCCGCGCUGUUUUCUCCUUCGGCGGCUCUCGGACGGCCGUUACUUCCAUCAGUGUUGGAGGCAAAAAUAACAACUUGGCUGACGGAAGCUGGUAUAAAAUUAUAGCAACUAGAAAUGGCCGAGUGGUGUCAUUAAGUGUCGCUUCUUGUACCGAACAUGGUGAUGUAUGCGAAGAAUGUCGUCCUAACGACAACUCUUGUUAUGCUGACGAUAUUGGACCGGCAGGGACUUUAAACUUCAACAACCAACUUUUAUUGAUCGGUGGUUUGAACAGUGCCGAUCCGGUCCUUGAAAGGCCCGGCCAGAUACAUUCUGAUGAUUUGGUCGGUUGUGUGCACAGUGUUUCCGUCAAUGGACGACUUCUCAAUCUCAGUCAUCCACUCCAUUCCGAUGGAAUCCAAAAUACGUGUAUCCGAAGAGGCUCAUGUACUGGAAUUUCCUCGGAUCCUUGUCUCGGAUACGGGACUUGUUUAGACCACUGGAGUGCAGUGAGUUGCGAUUGUGGCAAUAGUCUCAUCGCGCCGAAUUGCCAGGGGGCCCUCCAACCGAUAAGUCUGAGCGAUGGGGCUUUCGUCGAGUUCGCAAUCUCGAAAAAACACAAACGAAUGCAACUUUUGGAGAUAUUUUACGGUGGCUCCACUUUAUGGAAACAAAAAAACUCGAAGGAAUCGUCAAGUAAAAGUAUCAGUUUGUUGUUCCGGACUGUACAAAGCCAAGGCGUGCUGUUUUACGCCACGAGUAAUAAACAAUAUACCUCAGUAGAAUUAAUCGACGGACAAAUCAUUUACAUGAGCAAAUUAUCGAAUAGUGUGAACAUGACUGACUCUCACGUGAGAGUAACAGACGGACAGUGGCAUAAUUUGACCCUUCAUUCGCACAGUCGAGUGCUUGAGAUACUUUUGAACGGUGUUAAAAUCGGCGACGAGCUGGAUUCGGAAGGUGUCCAUGAUUUCCUCGACCCGUAUCUCACAUAUUUGUCACUGGGAGGUGCUCAAACGAGUCUUUAUUACGCUCGGGGAUCGGUACCACAAGCUUUUGAAGGUUGCAUUACCAACUUCACCAUCAAUAACAAAAUUCAGCCUUUUAAUGGUUCAGGUUCGAUCUUCAAACAAGUUAUUUUUAAAGGAAAAGUCACAAAAGAGUGCAAUGGCCCCAUCGGUGUCGGGGCCGCUGCAACCACAGACCCUCUCAGUAUCGGAAUAACACUCGUCAUCGUAUUCUUUGUGGUGUUACUUGUGGCCAUAUUAGUUUCGUUUGUAGUUUUUAGAUUAAGGAAACAGCACAAAGAGAAAGGUGGCGCUCCGGGAAGUCCUUCGGGCCUACACAGCAAACAGAACGGAAGUGCCACUAUGAUGAGUACUAACGGUUUAAAUGCCGUCAAUGAUAAUAUCCUAGGACGUAGUUUACACUCUGGUGAUAAUUCUUUGGGUUAUCAUUCCGAAAACGGCGAUGUUAUCAGAGGAAUCGGUGGCCAUUCGUUAGUAGGCCCCGAAUUGUUAUCGAAAAAGUACAAAGAACGAGAUAUCAUUCAGGGAGAGCUAACCCGACCUCAAAGACCGGAUAUUAUCGAACGAGAAGUUAGCAAAAACUUGCCGAUGAGAGAGGAGCACCAUCCGCCUUUACCCCCAACGUCGAACCACAACCACGAUCAUGGGGGCAACGACUUGAAUUCGGAAAUUCCCGAACAUUAUGAUUUGGAAAAUGCUAGUUCGAUUGCACCUUCCGAUAUAGACAUUGUUUAUCAUUAUAAGGGUUAUAGGGAGGCGGGGGGCGUUCGAAAAUAUAAAGCGACUCCGCCCCCAGUUGCCGGUUACCACCAUAAACACGCUUCUGGUGCUCAGGGACAAGCCCAACAUCGGCACUCUCCUCACCAUCCCACGGGAUACCCACCUAGAGCUCCUCCCGUGACUAGUCCAGGUUCGAGGCCCCAUCAAAGUACUCCAUUGGCUCGUUUGAGUCCUAGUAGCGAGAUGAGUGCCCAACAGCCUCGAAUUUUGACACUCCAUGACAUCAGUGGUAAACCUCUACAAAGCGCUUUGUUGGCUACCACGUCGAGUUCCGGAGGCGUAGGUAAAGACGUCCUUCAUAGUAACAGCGAGAGGAGUUUGAACAGUCCCGUUAUGUCACAGCUGAGUGGCCAAAGUUCCAGUAGUCGUAAAGCAGCAGCUCCUCCUCCUGUCACAAAUUCCCUCACCGCGGAAGAGAUCGAAAGACUCAAUUCGAGGCCGAGGACUUCGAGUCUAGUCUCGACUCUCGACGCUGUUUCCAGCUCGAGUGAAGCUCCCCGAGGUGGAGUCAACAACCACUUGAACCAUCUGCACCAUUCGCCUGUCCCUGAAACUCAUCACAGUUCCACGACGACGGAUGAAAGUGGCAACGAUAGUUUCACGUGCUCGGAAAUAGAGUACGAUAACGCGAGUCUGGCGGGAGAUAAGUACAAGAGCAAUGAGCCAGAUUCGCGAAGGAACGAUUCGAGCACAGGAAACAAGAACAAUCUGCCUCUGCCUUCGUACGACGGGUUCGAUUCUUCGUACAGAGGGUCGAUGAGCACGUUGGUGGCCUCUGAUGACGAGCUGGAAGGACCGAUGUACAGGCCGUCGACGGGGUCGCCGUCCACCACUGGGCUCGGAUGGGAUUACUUGUUGAAUUGGGGGCCCAAUUUUGAAAGUCUAGCGGGAGUGUUUAAAGAUAUUGCCGAGUUACCUGACUCUGUGAAUGGAAGGGUGCCAUCCUCGUUAAGGCUAACGAAUGCGCCCAAGCCUUCCGAGGAAUAUGUAUAAUAGUGCCGUAUUUAAAAGACUCGAUUUUUACGAUUAAUGAACCCUUGUAUCAAGGAUUUUCUAUUUUCUUGCCAUAUUUUUGUGUAAAUUAUUGUGUCAGCGACAAAUUGAAAAAUCGUCUUCCUGUUUUUAAGACUUUUGUAAAUACCUUUUUUACUAAAACGUGUAGAAACGAAUACUUAUUUAAUGAAUAAAACUAACUUGAAAAAUUAAA